AUGUUUAUUUAUUAUUUAUUAACAAUAACUCUUGCAACACUCCCUAAUGCAAACUUGUCUAUUGGUCCAUUGCUGCAAUCUUAUACUGAUGAUGAAGAUUAGGAUCAAAUAGUUUAUGUUCAUUAAAAAGUUUAUGAGAAUUUUGAUUAUACAGCAUUCCCAUCCUUAUCUUGUUGUCCAAACAAUGUUACUAAAUUUAGAGUGACGAAUUUAAAUAAACAAGGGUAAACUAUAUAGCUAUUUAAUCUACCAUUUUAUAUUGAGAAUCUUGGUGAAGAACCUUUGCUUAUUUAAUGGUUAAACAUCACUGAAGAAUUUUCAGAUUAAGAUAUUUAAGUCAAAGUUAAUUAGAUAACAAAUUACAUCAAUUAUAAAAGGCUUUGAUAAUUAUUUAGGAUUGAAUUUAACACAUUUAUGUUAAAGAAGUUUAAAUAAUGAUAGAUAUUGGAGCAUUAAAUAAGUUAAUUUAUAGUUUGAAGGUUUUAAUCCUGUGAUAUUUAAUUAUCAAUUUAUAUGUGGCAAAGACUAUUAUCCAGUAAGGUACUUUUUUUAUUUAAUUAGAUUUGAUUGGAGUAAUCUAAUUUUAAUAUUUUUUCAAAGCAUAAUUAUAUUAAUUCUUUCAAUGUUUGGGAAAAUUUAAGCUAUGAAGGUUGUUUUCAUAACAAAAUAAUUAAGAAAGUAAUUAUUGAAAAGUUAAAAAUAUAUAUAAUUUAAUUAAUUUUUUAGAGAAGUUAAGGUUAUGUGAAUUUAAUUCUAACAUCAUUAACUGAUUAAAAUUGAAUUAAAUUUAAUUCAAACAAUAUCAUAAGAAAAGUUGAAUAAAAUUGCUUAAGAAAGUUCUCCAUUUUAAGGAUUUUUAUUAACAUGGUCUUAAGCAUUAUUUUAUAUGAUUCUCUUAUUAGGAGCUUUGUUUAUAUCUUUGUAUUCAUAAGAAAAAGCUGAGAAACCAAUAUAAAUUUUAGUCUAUAUACUUUGUGUAAUUUGUACAUUUCACUUUAUUGAUGAGCUCUUUUGUGCAUUUAGAAAAUAAAUUCCAUUUUUUGUUAAAACUAUUUAUUAUUUCAGAUACUGUGAUUUUUUUUCUUUAAUUUUGGGUGUUGGAAUGUUUGUAGUUUAUAUAGCUACAGAAUAAAUUUGGAUAGUAAAUAAAUUCUUUUAUAUAGUUAAGUAAUUUAAUAUCAAUAUGUAUUCUUGGAUCACUUAUCAAGUUAUUUAAGUUUAUUUCUUUAAAAAAUUGUCUAUAAUUUUUUUUACCAAUAAUGGCUAUGGAUAUAUUCUGCUCUGUCUAUUUAGCUAUUAAUAUUAGAUAUGAAUGGGAUAGUUUAAUCCUAAGAUAUUUUAAUACUCCAUUAUCUGCAUAGAUUCCAUAUUUUCGAUAGAUCUACAAAAAGAAAUGUGCAUCGGUUUCAAUAUUCAAUANACCUUUGCUUAUUUAAUGGUUAAACAUCACUGAAGAAUUUUCAGAUUAAGAUAUUUAAGUCAAAGUUAAUUAGAUAACAAAUUACAUCAAUUAUAAAAGGCUUUGA